CGCCCCUCCCCGCACGGCUAGGGGGACCCCCCCAAAAAACAUACAACGCUGUACGGCACGGAUGGGCGCUGCCAUCUUGGGAGGAAGGAACGGAAACGCCCCCCCCGGCACAUCUUCCCCCGGCUGAACUCCCCCACACUCGGUCCCUGACGGGCUUCCCCUGGAAGGGCGCCCCGCUCGAUGCCCGGAUGCAGGAGGCACGCUCCAAGAUGCCGGGACCAUGGAUGCCCGGAUGUCCGUCGCCCCCACUUUGUGACAUACAAGAUGGCGACUCGCUGAUCGGUAUGACCAAGAAAUCUCCAAGAUGGCGACCGUCAUCAAAAGGGACCCAAGAUGUCGCCCUCCCUAAAUGCCCGGAUGUUGCUCCCUUAUCAGACGGUAAACAAGAUGGCGGCAGCUGCCCCCACCCCUCAGGUACCCGGAUGCACCUCCCCUCCAGAAGGCCAGAACAUGACGGCUUGCUGUUACUUACCCGGAUGUUAGUUGUUUUCCAAGAUGGCGGCCUAAGUGCGUGGAUGUGGCCGUUUUUCAAAAUGGCGACCACCUCCUACCCGGAGGUGGCUGCUCAAGAUGGCGGCCGAAGUGGCCGGCUGCCGUUGCUACGCGACCGAACGUUUAAAAGGCUUACAAUUAUACCUGUGCGCAGCGGUGCGCGGACUCCAGUCGCCACGGGCGGGGCAGGAGAUCUACCCGCGGCGUGGGAAGGCUGCGAAUGCCUGCCCCCUGGGAGCCGCCAUUUUGGACCCUUCUCUUCCACACCAGACGAAAGAUGGCGGCGCCUCUACGACCCGGAUGUGAUGUCUCUUACGCAUGCGCAGAAUGCUCUCCCUUUCUCCCCCCCAUACUCAAAUACACAUGCGCAUAGUGUUCGUUCUGCCCAGCUUUCUCAUUACGCAGGCGUAUACUGGGCCCAAAAACUGGCGCGUGCGCGCCACAAUCCCACACUUUUCCUCUGCGCAUGCGCACUCUUUUUUUCCGUUUCCUCGCUCCCCGUCCUAACGGUUGUUUUAGUACCCGGAUGUUGGCAGAACUUUACCCUCCCCCACCCUCAUUGGUCAGUUCAACACGAAAUUAAACCCACUUUACCUCGUAAUUCCCCUCAGAACACACCCCAGGCUGCCGGCCCAGCCCCGCUCUUAGUUCCUGCGUUUGGCUUGGUUUGAGGCAGGGGCACCAAGAUGGCCACUGGUCACGCCUCAGCGCCAAGAUGGCCACCAGUCAAAAAUGACUGCUGGGCUCAUGCCAGCCUUGCCUGGGCUCCGCACGAGUGGGUGGGCUUCCCCAGGGCCCACCUCAGCACCGAGCUGGCCUCCCUUGUCACUUCAGCACUCAGCUGCCUGCCAGGCUCCUCUCAGCGCCAAGAUGGCCACCUGACUCACGCCAAGGCCACCUCAGCACCGAGCUGGCCUCCCUUGUCACUUCAGCACUCAGCUGCCUGCCAGGCUCCUCUCAGCGCCAAGAUGGCCACCUGACUCACGCCAAGCCCACCUCAGCACCGAGCUGGCCUCCCUUGCCAGGCUAAUCUCAGUGAUGAGAUGGCCACCGUCAUUGACUCAGCUCUGGGAUGGCUGCCAGGGUCAAGAUAGCCCCCUGACUCA